CCGUGUUACCGACAGCGCCGAUCAACAUGGCGGCGAGAUUGCUCGCUUGGACGCUCGUGGCUUGGAUGCGGUCGUGAAACUUUGUCACAAACGGGGACGCGUGUAAAUAAUGUAAUAUAAAAGUAUCGUAGAACCAAAUAGAGAAGCUGCGUCACUUUUUCUCGUGUUACUGCCAAUUCACCUCGCCAUGUCGGAUAAAAGGCAGCACAGCUUGUCGAAGGAGGAGAUAGCGAAGCAGUUUAUGCUGCCGGAGAGGAAGAGCAAGAUUGCAACGUUACUGAAACAGGACGGCCAAGCGUACUGCAUUUGUAGAAGCUCGGACAGCUCUCGCUUUAUGAUAGGAUGCGACGCGUGCGAGGAGUGGUACCACGGUGACUGCAUAAACAUAACCGAAAAGGACGCGAAGCACAUAAAGCAAUUUUUCUGCGUUCGUUGCAGAGAGGAAGACUCGACGUUGAUAACGCGAUACAAGCCGCGCAGGACCGACCAGGAUGACAGGAAACACAGGAAGUACAAGGACAAGGAGAAGGAGAGGGCACUUCGGUACGAGUACGACGCGCCGUGGGGCCCCAGCGUGGAGAAGAAAUCCUCCAAGCGUUGCGGAGAAUGUACGGGCUGCCUGCGCAUGGAAAACUGUGGGAAGUGCGACGCCUGCAGGCACCUAAAGAAAUUCGGACCUUCGGUGCGACUGAAGCUCAGAUGUAUCCAACGUACCUGCCGCGUCCUCGGCGACCCACUGAAGCCUUCCAAGAGUCUCAACAAGGGGACCAAGCUGACCAAGAGGCGGAAGAGGGACUCUAGUAACGAGAGGAACGAUUACCUGGAGCCGCCGCGCCACUGCUACGGACCGGCGUGCACGAGACAGUCGCGGCCAGGCAGCAAAUACUGCUCCGACGAUUGUGGCUUGAAGCUGGCGACCAGCAGGAUCUACCAGGUGUUGCCACAGCGGAUACAGGAGUGGUCGUUGACCGCGUGCAUCGCCGAGCAGAAUAAUCGACGUGCCUUGGAAACCGUGAGAAGGCAGCAGCACGACGUUCGUAGGAUACUGCAGGAGCUGGAGAAGAGACACGUCGAGCUGGACCGCAUUGUCGAGCGCGCCAAGCACGCGUCCAUCGAUCCGCAAGCCGAGGUGGACGACAACGACGACACGGAGAGUAGCAUGUACUGUAUAACGUGCGGCCACGAGGUCAACUCGAGAACCGCCGUUAAACAUAUGGAAAAGUGUUUCAAUAAGUACGAGUCGCAAGCGUCCUUCGGCUCGAUCUUCAAGACGCGCAUCGAGGGCCAAGUGAUGUUCUGCGACUUCUUCAAUCCUGGGAACAGGACAUACUGCAAGAGACUGCGCGUCCUCUGUCCCGAGCACUGCAAGGAUCCGAAGAUCGGCGACACCGAGGUGUGCGGUUGCCCGUUAGUCACGAACGUGUUCGACGCCACAGGCGAAUUCUGUCGCGCGCCUAAGAAGAGCUGCGUGAAGCACUACAUGUGGGAGAAGCUGCGACGCGCGGAGAUCGACAUGGAGAGGGUGAGGCAGUGGCUCAAGAUCGACGAGCUCGUCGAGCAAGAGAGGCAGAUUCGGUCGAACAUGGCGACGCGAGCCGGUGUGCUGGCUCUGAUGUUGCACUCCACUUACAAUCACGAGUUGAUGGAGCAGAUGACGCAGGAGCAGAGCAGGGAGCAGCUGCAGGCGAUGGAGGAGGAGCUACAAAGGAGAUACGGCGUACAUCAGAAGGAACAAUGCAUGGAAUAGUGAUUCUACUCCGUACUUGACUAACACCAUUGCUAGAUCUAUAGCGUGGUCUACAAUGGCAGUAGGAGUAGUGGAUUAAAGAAGUAGGCGUUAGACAUAGGCUGUAGGAUUAAGGUCCCUUUACGCCCGAGUGUCUACAAUGGCGUAGAGUAAGGAUUAUAAUGAGCCAAUCAGUGUUAACCAAUGUUAUUACACAAAUGUUACCGUUGUUGGUGAAUAUGGAUGUGCGAAGAAUUGGAUGGAUUUGUGUUAUUUAUAUUAUUAUGGAGUCAGCUCUUGACUCUUCAAUGGCGUAUUAUGCAAACGAAGAGAUCUAUUCGGAGGUGGUGGGUUCGGCCUGUGAACAGGCGCAAACGAGAUCAGGGUUUCAACUUUAACCUAUUUCGUGAACUGAUUAUCAGUGGCUGAGAGUAAGGGAGUAGGUCGUACGAAAUGGAAUUGAACCAUUUUGCUUACAGCCUUACUCUACGCCUACUACACCGGAAACACGAGCUUACUCCGACGUCUUACAGCCUUAAUCCACUACUCCUACUGCCAUUGUAGACCACGCUUAUAACUUCAGCUACACUUUCUUACAAUUUUGUUCCAUUUACUCUUCUCUUUUUCAAUGGAAAUGUAUGCGUAGUUACACAAUGAAGAGCGUAAGAAAGCGCAGCUAAACGAAACGAAACCAGUUAGUUCUGGAUCUGUUUGAUCUACCGUUUGUUUCGAACCAAUUACGCGUAGCACGGUCAAUAGUUUUCCUAACAAUUGUCAAUGUAACCAAUCGCGGACUCGAUACAAAGCGUUGAAAAGCUACAGAAAUUUGGCACGAUGGUCGUAAAAUGUGUACUGUAAUAUAAUAAACAUAUAUCUUAUAUAUACAUAUAUAAGUAUAUAUACAUAA